UAAAUGUUAAACACCCAAAUUAAAUCCUAAUCUAUUCCUUAAUUAAACCCAUAAUUCAGUCAAUUAAAACCAUUUCUCCCUUUUGUGGGUGAAACCCCAGAGCCUUCUACACAUAUUUGCGACGAAGAAUCACUGGGUGAAAACCAUUUCUACCAUUUCUAUGGUAUUUGAGUGAAAUCUCCGAUGGAUCUGUUGCCAUAUCGCCGCCUUGCUUCUUCUUCUUCUUCACCCUAAGCGCCGCCUCCCUCAAAUCUCCGCCUCCAUCUCAGCCCGAAACCCAAAUCGCCGCCCCCCUCUGAGCCUGAAACCAUAAGGCGUUCCCUCAAAUCGCCGCUUCCAGCUGGUCUCGAUCCUCUCGGAGAACCACGGGAACUCGCUCUCGCCCUACCUCUCGCCGUCGUCUGCAACGCCAACUCCUCCGUCCGCUCUGCCUGCGUGAGUAGCUUCAAGGCGAAGCUGGCGCUUCUCGCACUGGUGAGGAGCUUGGUAGCGGUGGAUGGAGUGAUGCGGCAUGAGAAUAUCCUCAAUUUGUCAGAUGGGAAGCAGCUCAGAUGAAGAGUCAGACAUCAGUGACUCAGAAAUAAAUGAAUACAAAGAGAAACCUUACGAACUACUUAAGGCGGGUACUUACAAAGUAAAGGGCCCAAAUGGUUCUUUUAGAUGCCCUUUUUGUGCUGGUAAGAAGAAACAAGAUUAUCAAUAUAAUCAUCUUUUUCAGCAUGCAAUUGGAGUAGCUAAGGGCGCAGCCAGCCGAAGCGCAAAGCAGAAAGCUAACCAUCUAGCGCUAGCUACUUUCUUAGAAAAUGACCUGGCUAAUGAGGCUGAGCCUCUGCCUCAACAAUCAGUCCCUUUACCUGCUUCUAAACCUGGUGAGAGUGAGCUUUAUUGUUGGCCUUGGGUGGGAAUAGUUGCUAAUAUACAAGAUGAGUCGAAGAGUGGUGACUGUGCUGAUCACUGCGGUUACUUGCUGAAGAAAUUCUCCAGAUACAAGCCUAUAAAUAUUGAGAUGUUCCGGGACGACCAUCAGCAGAAUGCACAAGCUGUUCUGAGAUUUGAUAAUGAUUGGUUUGGGUUCAAGAAUGCAAUGGAGUUUGAGAAGUCAUUUGAAGCAGAUGGUCAAAGCAAGAAGGAAUGGGACAAACAAAGAACUUCUCCAGGGCCUAAUCUAUAUGGCUGGUUUGCUCGUGAAGAUGAUUACUCUUCAACAGGACUUGUGGGAGAAUAUCUUCGCAGGAACGGAGAGCUGAAGACAAUUGCUGACCUCGUGCAAGAAGCAACCAGUGAUAGGAACAAAAUUGUUGACAAUUUGGUCUGUGAAAUCGAUUUAAAGAAUGAAAACCUAGAUCAAUUGCAAAUCAAGUACAAUGAGAGGACAUUGUCACUGAGUAGGAUGCUUGAAGAGAAAGCUGAACUCAAUCGUGCCUUCUUUGAAGAAACUAGAAAAUUGCAACGCCUUGCUCGUGAGCACAUUAAGAAAGUUUUGGAUGAGCAAGAGAUGUUAAACAUAGAGUUGGAGAACAAAAAGAAAAGGCUUGAUUCUUGGAGCAAAGAACUCAAAAACCGUGAGGCAUUAACUGAACGUGAGAGACAAAAACUUGAAGAAGAGAAGCAAAAGAAUGAUAUGAGAAACAGUUCUCUUCAAUUGGCUUCUGAGGAGCAAAAGAAAGCUGAUGAAAAUGUGCUGAGGCUGGUUGCAGAACAACAAAGAGAGAAAGAAGAGGCUCUAAAAAAGGUUCUUGAGCUAGAGAGGAAUUUAGAUGAAAAGCAAAAACUGGAAAUGGAAAUCCAAGAACUUAAAGGAAAGUUGGACGUGAUGAAGCAUAUGGGAGGUGAUGACGACGCAGCUGUCCAGCAAAAGAUAAAUGAGAUGAAUGAGCGCCUACAGGAGAAGAAAGAGAAUUUGGAGGGUCUGGAAGAUUUAAACCAGCAACUACUAACUAAAGAGCGACAAAGCAAUGAUGAGCUGCAAGAGGCUCGCAAAGUACUAAUUGAGGGUUUGACUGAAAUUCUGAGCAGUAGCCGUGUCAAUAUUGGGAUAAAAAGAAUGGGUGAACUUGAUGAGAAAGUCUUCGAGAAUGCAUGUAAGCAAAGAUACUCACCUGAAGAAGCAGAUAUUAAGGCCGCCGAACUCUGCUCCUUAUGGCAAGAGAAGCUGAAAAAUCCUGAAUGGCACCCACUCCGGAUCGUUGACGAUCAGUACGUGCUGAAGGAGGACGACGAAUUGCUAGUACAACUUAAAGAAGAAUGGGGAGACGAAGUGUAUGAUGCCGUUGGCACUGCAGUGAAGGAAAUCCAAGAAUACAAUGCAAGUGGAUCUUAUGUGGUUCCGGAGCUGUGGAAUUUCAAGGAAAAUAGGAAGGCCACCCUCAAGGAAGUCAUCAGUUACAUUUUCAAACAGUUGAAGACACUCAAGCGUAAGAGAACCUAAGCAGCUCUGUUUCUCUUCUUUCUUUUGUAAUCGUUCCAACAUGGAAACAAAACCCUAAGUAAAUAUGCCCAUCUUUUUCUCGUAAUAUGACAAUGAUGAAAGUUUUUACCCUAAUAUUGGAUUA